AUGAUUAAAAACUCUAUAAUAAUUAAUAAAACUUUUAUAAAUACUAGUUUAUUUAAUAAUAAUAAAAAUAUAUUUAAUAAUAAUAAUAAUAAUAGUCUUUAUUUUUACUAUUCAACAAUCACCCAAUUUAAUAGAGAUAAAAAAUGGUUCGAUUUAUAUAAUAGAUCACCCUACUUAUUAUUACAUUCAUGUUUUAAAGGAAUUUUUGACAAAGCUCUAACUCAAGAAGAAAAGGAAAUGGUAUUCAACAAUAAAAAAAUUAAAUUCCAACCCCAGUUUUCACAAGUGCCAUCAAAAAAAAUAGUAUCAGAUUUUGACUAUGCAAUCAAUAAUUUAGUUGUAGCUUCAAUGUUAUUAAACAAGAAAGAUAAAAACAAUGACUAUAUUUCAAAGAAAAUUAUAGAUACAUUCGAGUCGAAAAAGAAGGAAUUUGAAUUUUCAGAAAUGAUAGAAAAGAUUGAGAUUGGCUCAAAAGGGUAUUUAAAUCUUAGGGUUUCAGAAGAGUAUUUAUUAGAUAUUUUAAAUCUAUGGAUCAAAGGCCAUGAAGGAAAGGGUGCCGAAGCUGACAAGUUCAAGAUAAAAAAUCUGAUAUAUAACGAAAACAACAAAACAGACGACAACAAUAAAAUGCUACCACUUAGAAGCAAAAAGGUAUUGGUAGAUUUCGCAUCCCCAAACAUGUCGAAGGAAUUGCAUGUUGGUCAUUUAAGAUCGAUUGCAUUGGGCGAAUCAGUGUGUAGAAUUUUAGAAUAUAUGGGCCAUGAUGUAGAGCGUAUUAGUCAUGCAGGCGAUUUUGGUACACCAAUGGGAAUAGUUAUAGCACAUUCAUUAGAAACCAAACAACCAUUCCUCAGACAUAUAUGGGAUAAAGAAUACAAAGGUGAAAUCAUCAUACCAACACCAAAAGAACUAUCAGAUAUUUAUAGCGAAUCGAAAGCCAGAACCAAAACAGACCCAGAAUUUAAUAAACGUACAUUGGCAUCUGCUGCUGAGCUUCAAAAAGGACCACCCACUCCAGAUGGGGGUGGUAGUGAUCCAGAUAUAUAUAAUGCUUGGAUUGCAUUGUGCGACGCAAGUAGAAUAGGUUUUAAUCAAGUUUUCGACAUGAUGAACAUUAAUGUCAAUGAAAGAGGUGAAUCGUUCUAUAGAGAAAUGCUACCCAAAGUAAUUGAUGAACUCACUGAAAAAGGAUUUGUCAAGCUUUCAGAGGGAAGAAAAUGCAUAUUUUUAUUUGGUGAAGAUAAAACACCAGUUAUCGUUCAAAAGAGUGACGGUGCAUAUCUCUAUGCCACUACAGAUUUAGCAGCAAUCAAGCAUCGUGUAGAAAAUGAUAAACAAUGGAUUGUAUACAUCACUGACGAUUCACAAAGUGAUCAUUUCGAACAAAUAUUUAAAAUUGCGGAAAAUGCAAAAUGGUUAGAUUUAGAGAAGACCCGUGUUGAUCAUUUAUCAUUCGGUGUUGUACGUGGAUCAAAUGGUUCCAAACUAUCAUCUCGUGAUGGAUCACCUGUAGCAUUAAUCGAUCUCUUACACGAAUCAAUCGAAAGAGCUAAACAAGCAACAUCAAUUUCAAAAUCAUUUACACGUGCAGAAAAGAUCGACUCCGAUCAAAAUGCAAGAGAUAUCACCGUUCCACGUUAUUUGGACUCUGAUGAAACUUUAGAUGAUGUAACAGAUGACCACUUUCAAAAAAUUGGUCUUGGUGCUUUAAAAUACUUCGACUUGACCCACAGAAACAACUCUUACAUUUUCUCAUACGACAAUAUGCUAUCAUUUAAAGGAAACACUAGUAUCUACAUCUUAUACUGUUAUACCCGUAUUUCUACACUUUUCAAAAGAGCCAAUUUUAAUAUAGAUCAAAUAAAUUUAAAUGAAAUCGAUUUUACAAAUCUAACAGAAAAAGAAAGAAAUUUAAUAUUUUUAUUUUCCAGAUUUAGCGAUGUUUUGAAAUCAACCGAGCAAAAUUUAAGACCUGGUUUAAUUUGUGAUUAUCUUUGGGAAAUUGCAAAUAGUUUCCACCAACUCUACGAAUCUGAAAAAUUCAUUGGAUCAGAAAGACAAAACCAAAAACUAUUGAUUUGUUAUGCUACUCAAAGAAUUUUAUCGACCGGUUUGAACUUGUUGGGUGUUGAAACUGUUGAAAAAUUAUAA